UCUCUCGGAACAGCAUGGCGCGACGCACGCGGAGCAGCAGGGCCUGGCACUUUGUCCUGAGCGGGGUGCGGCGCGAGGCGGACACCCGGGCGGUCACUUUGGCCACCGGCACGCGUGGCUGGGGCUACGACUCCGAUGGGCAGCACAGCGACUCGGAUUCAGAGCCAGAGUUUUCCACCCUCUCUCCUUCCAUCCCGAGCGCCAUCCCUGUGACUGGAGAGUCCUACUGCAACUGCGAGAACCAGAGCGAAGCGCCCUACUGCUCCAGCCUGCACGCCCUCCACCGCAUCAAGGACUGCCAGUGCGGCGAGGAGGACGAGUAUUUCGACUGGGUGUGGGACGACCUGAAUAAGUCGACGGCCACGCUGCUGACCUGCGACAACCGCAAGGUGAACUUCCACAUGGAGUACAGCUGCGGCACUGCCGCCAUCCGGGGGAACAAAGAGCUGGUGGACGGGCAGCACUUCUGGGAGAUCAAGAUGACCUCCCCGGUGUACGGCACAGACAUGAUGGUGGGAAUUGGGACGUCGGAUGUGAACCUGGACAAGUACCGCCACACCUUCUGCAGCCUGCUGGGCAAGGACGAGGACAGCUGGGGGCUCUCCUACACAGGACUACUGCAUCACAAGGGAGACAAAACGAACUUCUCGUCGAGGUUUGGCCAAGGCUCCAUCAUCGGGGUGCAUUGGGACACGUGGCACGGGACGCUCACGUUCUUCAAAAACCGCAAGUGCAUCGGUAAGAGGCAGGGCAGCCGCAGCAGCCUGCGGGCAGCGGGGCUGGGAGCGGGUGGCAACGCAGCCUGGAAGUGGAAGAGCAAGGUGUGA